AUGGCAUCCCCGGAACGUGUCCAGCCAGUCCCAAGCGACCCGCGCGACAUCCCGAUCCCGGAGACACCGCGCGAGACGCCUACGUACCGUCGGGGCAGCACGAACGUCUCUAUGGGCAUCUCUGACGAUCCGAGCGCGACGGUCACGCUAACUCUCGAGCAAAUGGACGAACUGUUCAUGAAGUUCGUGCAAAACAACGCGUGGCUCGGGCCUGCGGCACGCGCGCGUACCGGCGCUCAGCAACUGCCGCCGGUCGAGUUCCGGCACUUUACGCACGUGAAGCCCGAGAUGGUCGCGGAAAACAUCCCCGCACCAAAGGGACCCGGCCAGUACGGUCGAGUCAUGCCGGACGAGUACACGCAGAUCGUCACCUCGGACGACAUCAAGGCGCCGUACCUCGCGUCGACCGACGUCGCGAAGAUGCGCGCUUUCUGGCUCGAAUGGCUGCGCUACGAAGACGCCGUCAUGGAACGCUUUAAGCAGUUCGACGGCAAGGCCGCCAUCCAACGGCGAGUGCUCCGACACUGCAUCGACGACAACACACUCCGCACGAUGCUCCGGUACCGCUGGAACCAAGGCAACCGUGCCCUCGAGGCGAUCCCCGAUGACGAGCUCUACGCGUUCUUCAAGACGGACUGCGAGCGGGUGAAGUCCAACGUGCCCGACUUUAACGCGCGCGUCCGACGGGAACUCAAGUGCGACGAAUCAAUCCGCAACGGAGAGUCGCGCGCCCUCGUCAUGGUAGAGCAGUACGCACGCAUCUGCGAUGAGGCGGGGUUCCGCGAUUACCCGGACAUCGAGCCCGAGGCCGCCCGCAACCACAUCAUUCACGCGGUGCGCCCCGAGUACCUCCAGUCGUACCUGCGGCAAGAGGUCAACUUCUCGAAAACGCGUUACAAGCGCUGGGACGAUUUUGUGGGCCUGCUGAUUGACGCGUUUGGUGCGUACACCCGCUUCGACAUCUACAAGAAGCCAGCAGCCACGCCAUCGGCCGCCGACAGCACGCCACCGGGCAGGUCCAAAGCCAAAGUGCCCAAGAACAAACACCCAGCAAAGACCAACCAGGCUGAAGGCGGCAAUGCCAGAGCACCGAAGACUGGCAGUCCGAGCGACUCGAAGCCCAAGCACCCGUGCCUCAAGUGCAAGAGCGGCGACCUGGGACGGCCCGAUGAAGUGCGCUCGCAGAAGACGCACCGCGGGCACGCCGCGCGCCUCAAGAUCUACAACAACGCGUCCAAGGCCCUCUCGUCCGAGCUGCUCGAUGCGAUCGAUUUUUCGAGCAUGACCACCGAGGUUGACCACUUCCAAGGCCUUCGUAUCAACGAAGCAGGCGUCAUGGAGCUCGACACGGUUUGGCUCGGCAUUGAAGACAGCUCGUGGGAGCCCGUGGCCAUUAUGGCCGAAGACGUCCACCUCAAGUACAAGCAGUACAUGGCCAAGGUCGCCCAGGAAGUCCAACCCGGCACCAUGGCCCACAACGAGCUCACGGCCAUUCUCCGCGAGUUCCCGAUCGACGCCUCCAGCCAGUUUACAGCCAAGGCGGCGCGCAAAGGGCGCACCCAGCGCACUCGCACCAAGAAAGCCAAGACCCCCGCCGCGACUCCUACCCGGCGCGGGCGCCUUUGA